UUCUUACACCACAUGGAUUGAAUGUGAUUGAAAAAAUUAGUAGACAUUUUGAUUUGCUAUGGAUUUAAAUUCACCCAAUCCUAUCCAAUCCACACAAAUUGAGAUGAAAACAAACAAGCCUUUAAUGAGUUUAUUUCCAGAAGAGAAUGUUCUCUGUGACGAACGAAUUUCUUUAGUCGUAGGUGGCCAAGUCAAGAUUCCAGUAUAAAAGGGAUGCAUUCUCUAUCUCUCUUUCUUAUAUACUGUGGUAAAAAAGAUGCAAGAACAACGAAUUAGUCCUCUGUAAAACCUUCUCCUUUACUACUCGCCAUCGAUUUUCAGUUCCAUUAUCUCAUCUCCUUAAUACCAAACAGGGCUUUGUUACAUAGAAAUCAAGCAUACUAACUAAAAAACGACAAAUAAAAAAGAAUAGAGUGAGUAUUUUGUUGGCACCAGCAACACUAGCUCUACAAAAUUGUGUCAUAAAAAGCAGUUGCAAUUUCAACCACUACCUGAAAGUAAUAGUUCAGAGUCGGUCAGUGAAUACUGUAAAAUGCAAACACCAGUGCAAGUACCAAUAAACUACUCAGCUAAAAACGAAACAGGGAAGUGCCAACCAAACUAGCCAAACAAGUGGUAAUACCACGGCCCUUGUGGCGACAGGCGACAGCAACAGUGAAACGCCCCGCUCCCAAGCCGGCAAACACCAGCCCCCGCGACGGCGCCGCGCCGUCCUCUCCCGACCGACGGCAACGGAAACCCUGGUGACUUCUGAUACAGGAAGAUUACUUUUAUCUAUACUCCACCUUCUUUCGUGGCUAUGGCACUAGCAGCUAUCUAUAACCUUUUCAUCAUUAACAAAUCCGGCGGCCUUAUAUACUACAAGGACUAUGGUUCAGCAGGGAGGAUGGAUACCAAUGACAGUUUAAGAUUAGCAAGCCUCUGGCAUUCGAUGCAUGCUAUCUCGCAGCAACUGUCCCCUACCACUGGCUGUACUGGCAUUGAUCUCUUACAAGCUCAUAACUUUGAUCUCCAUUGCUUUCAAUCCCUCACAGGGACGAAAUUUUUCGUCGUAUGCGAAACUGGAGCUCCAAAUAUGGAAAUGCUGCUGAAAGCGAUUUACGAGCUGUACACAGACUUCGUUCUGAAGAAUCCGUUCUAUGAGAUGGAGAUGCCGAUUCGGUGCGAGCUGUUUGAUCACAACCUGGCUCAGGUGAUCCAGAAGGACCGUGUUGCGCUCCUGGGUCGGUGAAAUUGGAAAGCUUUUGGUCCUAACCAUACCAUGUAUCUUGUACUUUCCCCCCUUUUUCUACAUUAUGCUCGGACUUCCUGUGCAAUUGUCUCGGCAGAAGACAGCUGGCGACCAACAACUGUUUGGUCCUGACUAUUAGCACCGUAUUUGGAACAGAUCUAUGGACGAUCCGCCGUGUGUUCUUCUCAUCGUCAAUUUCCAGUUUUUUUCCCCUUACAAGAGCCAAAAGAUGCCAUAGCCCAUGGAUGGGUCGUUUGAACACUAGUGAGCAUGAGGAGACGCGAGAUCCUCCGACGUCAAAACAAGCGACCUCGCCAGUCGCUAAUUGCCAUGAUGGUUCACACAGCGGGCUGCGGGCCCAUCAAACACACCAGAUUCUGCAGUCCCAAUUGAAAUAAACGCGACCCUAGAAACCGCGGGAACAAGCGGGCGGAAAAUGGCGAAUGCGUCCCCCAAAUACCGUGAAACCAAAUUCGUCCACGGGGGCCCAUCCAUGGUGGAGUUGGCCCAGGACGGGCCCAACGACACAGCCUUUCUUCUGCCUCCUUGGGCCGUCCACACACACACACACACUCUCUCUCUCUCUCUUAUGAAUUAUGAUUACGAUGACGAAGAGGAAGAGGUCAGAAGAGUUGGCGGCGGUAGUUAUCGCUUCCGGCGAUCUCGCGCGUGGAGUCCCGAGUCGCCAAGGCUGCCGAACCCUACGGCCAGGCCAAGAUUUAGUAGUAGCUACUAUAAAUCUGCAGGGUCGCCAGCACUUUGGCCUCUCAACGCACGCCCCCCGCCCGACGUUUCCGAUCUCGUUUCUCUCCUCCCGAGUAGCGAAAUCUUCGUACAUUCUGAGAUGCAGAUCUUCGUGAAGACCCUCGCCGGCAAGAGCAUCACCCUGGAGGUGGAGAGCUCGGACACGGUCGAGAACGUCAAGGCCAAGAUCCAGGACAAGGAGGGCAUCCCUCCGGACCAGCAGCGCCUCAUCUUCGCCGGCAAGCAGCUGGACGACGGCCGCAUCUUGGCCGACUACAACAUCCAGAAGGAGUCCACGCUCCACCUCGUCCUCCGCCUCCGUGGUGGUGGCGGCGGCCAGUGAUCUGGUCUGCUGAUCGCCUCCUGCCAUGGGGACUGGCUAGCACAUGCCGCCUUCCUGCCUGCCAGUGCGUGCUCGUUUCGUCUUUCAUUACGUCAUGUCUUGCUCAGGCCGUCUCAUGCAUCUCCAUCAGUCUCUUGUCUUAGGUCGUCGUUUCUUCUUCACAUUGGUAGGAACGCACGCUGUGCAGUGCUUUGGUUAAAACAAUUUGGAGUAAUAAAUCUGGCAUAUUGUUCUA